CAAAAUUAAUUUCAAAGAAUUUCAGCCAAUUUAGUUGGAUUGUACAUAUAGAUUGUGAGCGGCAGUGGUGGAAUACUUAUGCCUAAUUGGUCCGAAAAAAAUCAAAAUUCAACCUCUUAAGGAAAGUGCAGAUCAAGAAGAUAAAAUCCGACGAUCCGGAUUAACCCUGAUAUAGGGUUUACAGAUAAGUUCAAAACCGCCGACAAACUUACUGGAGCUUCGUAGACCAAACGGCAAGCACACCCGUAUCUCAACCACAUCUUAUCGCCGCCGUCGACCACCACGCACAGCUAAUUCACAUGGACGAAGACCGGAAUUUUAGUGAAUCCGACCCCAUGCCGGAUAAUCAGGACGACGACGUUGCCAGGACUCCUAAUCAUGUGAAUUCUGAUCAUUCCCAUCCACAUACCGGCGAUGGAGCUAGCCCCGGUAAAAUUUUCAUCGGAGGUCUAGCUCGAGAAACAACGUCUGAUCAAUUUAUCAAGCACUUUGGUAAAUAUGGGGAGAUUACGGAUUCAGUGAUAAUGAAGGAUAGGAACACAGGGCAGCCCCGGGGGUUUGGGUUCGUGACGUAUGCUGAUGCUUCUGUAGUUGAUAGGGUCAUCGAGGACACUCACAUUAUUAAUGGAAAGCAAGUGGAGAUAAAGAGAACUAUACCAAGAGGAGCGCAUUCUAAAGAUUUUAAGACUAAGAAAAUUUUUGUUGGUGGCAUUCCAACUACUGUAGAUGAUGAUGAAUUCAGGGAUUUCUUUUCAAACUAUGGAGAGGUAAAGGAGCAACAGAUCAUGAGAGAUCAUUCUAGUGGUCGAUCUCGUGGCUUUGGAUUUAUCACAUUUGAGUCUGAUCAGAGUGUUGAUGAUCUCUUAGCAAAGGGGAACAGGCUUGAUUUUUCUGGAACUCAGGUGGAGAUCAAGAAAGCGGAACCCAAGAAGACAAACUUGCCACCAGCGCCAUCUAGGCGCCCAAGCAAUACUAGAGUUGCAUUUGGUGGAGGGCACCGCGAACCCUAUGGUGGAUAUGAUGGUGGUUUUGGGAGUGGUGGUUUUGGUGGCAGUUCUUAUAGAUCUAGCGGAGUCUAUGGAGGUAGAGCUAGUGAGUAUGGUGGAUAUGGUGGACCUGAAUUUCAUGGUUACGGUAGAUAUGGUGCUGGUGGUUAUGGAGGUUUAAGAAUGGAAGCGCCAUUGGGAUAUUCGAACCAUUUUGGGGGUGGUUUUGGUCGAGGGUAUGAUGUAGGCAGUGAGUAUGGGGGGCCAGCAGAUAGGUAUGCAGGAUAUGGUGGCUCUGGUUAUGGAGGUGGUUAUGAUGCUGGUUUUGGUGAUAGCUAUGGAAGCGGAAGUGGAGGUUCGGUUUAUGGACACAGAGGAGGAUAUGGCGGUGGCAGCGGCGGCGGCGGUGGUGGUGGGAGUGGAAGGUACCAUCCUUAUGGGAGGUAGGUGAGAAUUGUGAUAUACAAUUUGCGGGGUUAAAAUGGUAGGGUUAAACUCUCUCCUAGAAUGUUGUAUGGUUGCUAUUUGUAGUAGCUGUUUUUGAAGAUCUGAUUGUUAGUAUAUUUGUUUUGCCCUUAUUUUUAUGGCCAAGAAGCGCGCAGUGAAACUCAUUCCUAUCAGUUUUACUACAUUGUCAUUACAUUUUUACUUGA